UGUAUUCCCCAAAUUGUUUUGAAUUUCUUAGCGCUUUGUGUGUAUCAAUUUCUCAACUAAAUAAAAAAACAUGGCUGACAACUCUCGAAAGAUGAGCUACCAUGCUGGAGAAGCCAAGGGUCAAGCUCAGGAGAAGGCAUCUAAUAUGAUGGAUAAGGCAAGUGAUGCAGCUCAAUCAACUAAGGAAUCAGUACAAGAGGCAGGACAACAGAUGAAGGCUAAGGCACAAGGAGCCCUUGAUGCUGUCAAGGAUGCCACUGGCACGAACCAAUGAAAUAUUUUUUUAAAUUUCCAUUUGCCCUUUUUGGGAUUUCUUUUCCCUUAGACUAAAGCUCUUUUGUGUGCAAGGGCUUUGUUUUCCUUUUGUGUUAAAGAGAAGAAGAGCUCUCAUAUAGCUCAUGAACUUUUUCUCCAUAAAUAAGAUCAAUCAAAGCUAUAAUUGAUAUAUA